CGAAGGCCUGGUCUUGAACCUCAGAAGGUGAGAGAACCACAUCCUCGUCUCACCUACCCAAUCUCCUAAAAUCGGACACGGGGACAUCCUGUCCUACUAUACCACCUGUCCACUGGCUGCCCCCAGAGGGUCCAGGCAUGUCCAUCAGGGCCAUCUUUUCUCCUUAGCGGGACAUGGCCCAAAGUCCCAAGUAGUGGAGGUUCUUGACAAGUCAUGUGUGAGCCCUACUUGUCCUAGGCUCCGGUAGUCGAUCCUCUACUUAGACCUCACCACUGAGGUCCGUCUGCUUCGCCAAUGGGAGGUAUGGCCAAGGUGCUGCUGGUCGUCUUCAUCAUGGUUUAUGCAGGAUCCUGUGCUGUCCGGGUGUCUCAGCCCCCUGAGAUUCGUGCACAAGAGGGCACCACUGCCUCCCUGCCCUGUUCGUUCAAUGCCAGCAGAGGGAAAGCGGCCAUUGGCUCUGCCACAUGGUACCAAGACAAAGUAGCCCCGGGGAUGGAGUUGAGCAACGUGACCCCAGGGUUCAGGGGCCGAGUGGCCUCUUUUUCUGCUUCCCAGUUCAUUAGAGGCCACAAGGCCGGGCUGCUCAUACAGGACAUCCAAAGCCAUGACGCCAGAAUCUACGUGUGCAGAGUGGAGGUGCUAGGCCUGGGCGUCGGAACAGGAAACGGGACUCGGCUGGUGGUGGAGAAAGAGCCUCCUCAACAAGCCUCCAACGCAGAGCCAGAGCGAGCUGCCUACACAAGUCUCCUCCUUCGCGCUGGCGUCUAUGCCCUCAGCUUUCUCUCUGUGGCCACCGGCAGUGUCAUCUAUUACCAGGGCAAAUGUCUCUGUCACGUGGGAAACACCGCCACUCCUCCCACAGCCUCUGAGGAGCGAUUCUAAAUCCCAAAGAUCCAGCACUCAAAGAGGCCGGCAAUAAAUCCUUACAUUUUCUCGUA